GCCAAAACAAUAUUCUGUCUUAAUGUAAAUAUAAAUAUGCUCAUUUGUUAUAUUUAUUUUUCAGUAAAAUAUUGAAUCAUUUUACUCUAUUAGUUAUUAAUUAUGAGCGUGUCAUAUUUGUCAGAUAUCAUUUAUCUUGUAAUUACCAAAAGAUAAUAUGGUAUAACUCAAGUAAAUAUCAUGCCAGUACAUAUCCAACUAUCAAACUGCUCCUAUUGUUUGAGACUAUCGCCAUUGGAUAGUGGUUGAACUAUGAGUAAAGGGUCACUGAGAACCUGAAUAAGUGAAAUUUCAAGCUAAUGUUUUCUUCGUAAACCGACCAUAUAAUUACUAGAAAUUCUUUAAUAUUUGAGCCAGAGUGAACGCUUCCUGGUUCAGUUAUUCACAUUUUAAAGAAACAACUAUUUUGGACUAUAUUUCAAAAAUAUGAUAUUAUCAUACUAAAACUCAUCUCUCAAUCAAGAUAGGUUUGUUCUGGUUCAAACUUUGAGAAAUUUCUAUUGACAAUAAAGCUUGUCAUUAGAUACAUCACAUCCAUAUCUACAAGCCUGUACAAUCAGGUUUUUGAUUUAGUUCUACUGAAGAGUUUGAAAAGAGGGCUAUAUUAUAAAAACCCUUGUUCUGUUUUGUAGAUGCUGGUAAGAUGUGUCGAAUGAGCUCUAUGGUUGCAUAUUUACAGAAUAAUGAAAAAGUAUCAGGCUUAUUAGAAGAAAAUAUAUGCAUCCAGUCUCUGUAAAUUGUCUAGUGUUUAUGAUUGGAAUUCAUAAACCAAGAAAUAAUUCAAUGAAGUCUUAUAAUCACUUCUUAUUUAGGUAAAUAAAUUUAUGGAAAUUUCUAAAUCACAAGAAAAUGCCUUAGUAAAAAAACAUCAUGUACAAAAUAAUUUAGAAAAAAAAUUAUGUAUAACAGCAACUGAUCUUUCUCAAUUACUUAAUCAUGUUCUUAAACUUGAUCGUCUCAAACAUAUCAUUGAUAUGAUGACAAUAAUGAAAAACUAUAUACAUUUACAUCCAAUAAAUACAUUCAAUGCACUCAAACCAUUAAAAUUAGAAUGUAAAUAUAAUAAAUAG